CCUUUUUCUAGGAGACCACGGCGGCGCAACAUCUACUUCACAAGCACUCCUAGCAAAUAGCAAUAACAAACGUUCUACUGCUCCACAGCUCCCUACAUUAAGGCUACAUACAAGAAAUCCAUCUUGACUUCGCCAGCAUCUUGGUCCCGUUUUUAGAGGGAAAAUGGAUCUCUCUUAGUUCUAACUACAGUUGAUCUCUCUUAGUUCAGCUGCUGAAGAUGGGUCUCUCUUAGUUCUAACUACAGUGGACGAAGACAAACCUCUCCUACAGGAUACCGCUUCUGCUGUAAAAACUACUUCUGCUCCUAUACUAGAAACGGAAGAGGAAAGGCUACAGCGAGAGCUAGAGGAAGAACUUUCCGCAGCGUCUACAACUACCUCGUCAGCACCUUCAUGUGAAAUUAUAUCCAGUCAAAAUCGACGUGGAAGAGACCAAGCUGGUGGUGGAGGCGCUUCUUCAGUGCUGUCUAGAGUUAAGAACACCUUGAAGGCAUAAUUGAUGUUGUUGUCCAGCAAUACUAGCCAGUAGUUUUUAUCUACUAUGAUCGGGAUCGAUGAAGAUGUUGUUAAUCGAGAAGGUACAGGGUGACUGAAAGGCCUCAAUGCCGUUAUUUAGGACGGAAGCAGAUUCGUCAUGACAUGACAUGAUCGAGCAGACCGCUGUUGUUCGAACUUAUGCCACCUGUGCAUGAAGGUUAAUAGAAGAUUUCAAUUUCAUGAUGAACUACAACAUCUACAAGUACCACUGGCACUGCAUCGCGAAUUCUAAUCCUAGAACUACCACGAGCAAUAUCAACAAACGAACAGCAUCGAGUUCAAGAGCACGACCAGCAUCCUCCACGACGAACAACUCUUAAGGCUAGCACAAAUCCAUCUUCCCCAGCACCUUGCUCCCGUUUAUUUGAAGGGAAAACGGGCUGCACCAAGAUGCUCACCUACAUGGAUUUCUGCAAGGUCUAAAACUCCAGAGCCGCAUCAUCGCGUAAAAAUGCUGCUUGUACCUUUGAGGUACCCAUUGAUACACAGAGUCGUUCGAUUUCUGACGAAUACUGGGCUGAACCCGUUCCAUCAGACUGGCAAACUAAAUUGUCAGACGCUGAACUCAUUACGGCUUGGUCAUGCUCUUGAGCUCCAUAAAGACUCAACCACAGCUCCAUACUAUUUAACAAGAUGAUCAUUAAUAUUUUCAUCGUCAUCUUCUAAACUCCGAAGAUUUCUGCAAGAGGUGGUCCGCAAC